AUGUAUCAGAUUUUACUACGUGUUAAUGAUGAAUGCAUAUUUUUCUGCAGGACUGAGUUUUGGAAAUCUACUGGCAAGAAAUUUUGCGACUUUUGCAAAUGUUGGAUUGCAGAUAACAAACCUAGUAUUCAGUUUCAUGAAAAUGGUAAACGGCACCAAAUCAGCGUAUCCAAACGGUUGGUGGACAUUAAAAAAAAUAGUGCCAUCGAACGGAAAGAAGAACAAAAAAUGGAAAUGGACAUGAAACGGAUGGAACAGAACGCAAUGAAAGCGUAUUACAACGACAUAACGAACAAUCCUGAUUAUUCGUCACAAGUACUGAUCAAAGAGAAGGGCUUGUGUAUUCGUCCUACGCCUUACAUAAUGACUCAGCAGCCAACAGGGCCACAUGUAAACAUCAGUUAUUCGAAAAACAACAUGCCCGUGUCCAUCAAACCGGUUGCGGCCCCCAAGCCCGAAUUUGUCUGGCACCAGUCCAGGACUGACGAUGGUUCCGACCUGAUGUACUACUGGAACACCGAGACCGGAGAGUCGGUUUGGGAACCACCGGCAGAGGGUUUCUUGAGCGUGGCCGAACAGGAAGCUGAAGAAAGCGGCAAGGGAAAGGAUGGAAAAGGAAAGGACAGCAAGACCAAGGAGAAGACUGCGACCAAAAAGAAAGCACCGGCCGCCGGGUCGAAAGCCAAACGGAAAAAGACUACGGACAAGAAACCCGGUGACGACGUCGAUGACGACGAUGACGACGGUGACGAAGAUGCUGCGGAAGAUCCUCCUCAGCCUCCGGUGCGUGGUGUAUUUGAACCGUUCAUGGCGGAAACGACACGCAUUGGAUCAUGGAGAACGGUGGAAAAGAUUCAGCCGCAGCCAGUGAUCGAUCUUCAGUUACCAGUACAGGAAUUCGUGGCGAUUAAGGUGCCGAGUACCAAAGAAAAAGAACACACGUUCAAGGAAAAGAUAGUUGGGAGUGUGAGCGCAUUGACGAAGAACGAAUCGACUGACUCGAUUUCAUUUAAGAAGUCCAAGUUUAAAAAAUCUAAUUGUAGAAAACGUUUAGACGACGACUGA